CUUACAGCAUAUGCCUCAUCAGUCUCUGUAGCCGCUCCACGAUACACCACAACAUAACCUCGUUUGUUGUUUGUAUCUUUAGAAAGUCGGGAGAUAACAAAAACUUUAAUUUGAAUCAUCUGAAAAAUGGUUUUGUGAUACGAUUUAACUAAAAAAAAACAGGGCAGUAAUAAAUUAUAGAUUCUCAAGCAAAAGGCGGGAAAAAGUGAACAAGCUCCUCCAUGUCUCAAAAAAGUAUUACUUCUUUCUUUGCUCCAACCCAAAAGAAUUCGGAUAAAAGUGGUACAAAACCACAAAACAACGAAGGCGGGUAUGUAAUUUUAAACAAUGAGAGCUCAUCAUCCGAGUCGAACAAAAGUCCUCACGGAUCAGACACUUCGAAAGAAAACAAUCGCAGUUUACGAACUAAUGCAUCUCGUAGAUCUGCAAAACUGGUGCUCACCGGCAGCAGAGGUUUAAAGCCGGAAAUUGCCAAAAUUAUGCAAGAGAGGCGUGAAAAGCAGUCUUUGUCAUCUGACAGUGACGAUAGUGACGAAAUUAAUUUGAAAAAAACAAAAAAGAAGAGGAGGCUGGAUUCGAGUUCAGACGAGGACAAUAAACAGAAGAAGGCGCAAUUGGUACAAUGUUCUGAACAGGAAUCAAAAAUUGUAACUGAAGUUGCUGCAAAAGUAAACGAUUGGGCCUACAAUCCUACAAUAACGAAUUAUCAUCCGCUGGAUAAUGCCGUUUGGAAACAGUUCGAGAGCGUACCUUACAUGGCUCUUGCACGUACUCUUAGUGAAAUUGAAAAUAUAUCGGCUCGUUUGAAAACGAUCGAGAUUUUAAGUAACUUUUUUCGCUCUGUAAUUGUACUAAGUCCACUUGAUCUAUUGCCGUCGAUCUAUCUAUGCCUGAACAAACUGGCCCCCGCUUACGAAGGUUUAGAGUUGGGGAUAGCAGAGACCAAUUUGAUGAAAGCGAUCGCUCAAUCCACUGGACGUACCAUCGCUCAAAUUAAGACGGAUGCCAAAGCCGCCGGUGAUUUGGGCAUUGUUGCGGAGCAAUCACGUAGCAAUCAAAAGAUGAUAUUCCAACCGUCGCGGUUAACCAUCAAGGGCGUCUUUGAUAAACUGAAGGAGAUCGCAAAGAUGACGGGGCACGCGUCGCAGACAAAGAAAGUAGAAAAAAUCCAAAGUAUGUUUGUGGCAUGUCGAAAUUGCGAGGCUAGAUUUUUGAUUCGUUCCCUGGCCGGAAAGCUCAGAGUCGGUUUGGCCGAGCAGUCCGUGCUACAAGCUUUGGCACUGGCCUGCGCCAAGACUCCUCCAGGUCAGUCGUAUCCGCCCGAACAAUUAAAUAUGGCAAAAACCAUGUCCGCGGAUUCAUUUAAGGGAGAAUACGAAACGCAGGCUUUAAUUUUGAAAACCACGUACUGCGAAUGUCCCAAUUACGACUUGAUCGUACCCGUAAUUUUGAGGGAGGGUAUUCGAAAGUUACCCGACCAUUGCAAGUUGACACCCGGCAUACCUCUAAAGCCCAUGUUGGCACAUCCGACUAAAGGUGUACACGAAGUUUUACAAAGAUUCGAAGGGUUGAAAUUCACGUGCGAAUGGAAGUACGACGGAGAGCGUGCACAAAUUCAUAUCGAUCAAGAUGGUUCAAUUAGUAUUUAUAGUCGUAAUCAGGAAAACAACACUUCCAAGUAUCCCGAUGUUAUAAAUCGUUUAGAUGCGUGUAAAGGCGAUAAAGUUCGGUCGUGCAUACUCGAUUGUGAGGCGGUAGCGUGGGAUAAGGAAAAUCGGCAUAUUUUGCCAUUCCAAAUACUCAGCACUAGAAAGCGUAAGGACGCCAACGAGGAUGAGAUUAAAGUUCAAGUUUGCGUAUUUAUGUUCGAUCUGUUAUACAUCAACGGAGAGCCUCUGGUGAAAAGACCAUUUAAGGAACGCAGGGAGUUGCUUAGGGAGAAUUUUAAGGAGGUCGAUGGCCAGUGGCUUUUCGCCACGUUUUUGGACACGACUGUAAUGGAAGAAGUUCAGGAUUUCCUCGAGGAAAGUGUGAAGGGUAAGUGCGAGGGUUUAAUGGUUAAAACUCUCGAGGAAGAUGCGACUUACGAAAUUGCAAAGAGGUCUCGUAACUGGUUAAAGCUUAAGAAAGACUACUUGGAAGGCGUCGGGGAUACUCUGGACGUUGUCGUAUUGGGCGGUUACUUGGGCCGUGGGAAACGAACCGGCACUUACGGCGGUUUUCUGCUCGGUUGCUACGAUCGAGAGAAUGAAGAAUACCAGAGCAUCUGUAAGAUCGGUACUGGAUUUAGUGAUGAGGCAUUACAAGCGCAUACAACAUUUUUCGAAAAUCACAUUUUAAGCCAUCCAAAAUCAUACUAUCGGUACGAUGCUUCGCACGAACCCGAUCACUGGUUUGAUGCCGUUCAGGUGUGGGAAAUUAAGUGCGCGGACUUGUCGCUGUCGCCAGUACAUCGUGCCGCACUUGGAAUUGUGGACCCCGAAAAAGGAAUAUCGCUUCGUUUUCCACGAUUUGUACGAAUUCGCGAGGACAAGGGUGUUGAAGAUGCGACUUCCGCCAAACAAGUUGCCGAUAUGUAUGUCAAUCAAGAUCAAAUUAAAGAUCAACAGAAGCAUAAGAUCGCAGAGGAGGACUUUUAUUAGUUAAUUUGUAGAUAUUUAUCGAUAUUAUUGGAAGUUGUACCUAUUUUGUUAGAAAAACAUUAUUAAUUCCAUUUUAA